AUGAGUUCUUCAUCAAGCUCUCGUGAACCUUCACCAUCUAUGAAACAAACUUUACCAAACGAUUAUGGAGCACCUAUUGAAUAUUUCUUACGAGCUGCACAGUGGCAAAGAGCAGUCUCACCAAGGUUAGGUGUUCCACCAGCUCCUGUCAAAAAUAGCAUUUGGUCAAGUCCUUAUAUAAGAUAUGGUCUCCCACUAGGUUUGCUAGCUACAGCAGUAGCAGUUAUGAUGUUGAAAAGAAAUAAAGCAAAUGUUGUAAA